AUGUCUAAACGCAUCUCUUUCACCGCCCAUGGAAAAGUCCAGGGUGUAUUCUUCAGAGACUUCACACAAACACAAGCCAAUAAAUAUGGCAUUACGGUACAAGGCGAAGCUCAAGGUGAUGAAUCCUCCUUGGAAAAGCUCAAGCAGGAUCUGAACCAGGGGCCCUCCGCGGCACAAGUCGUCAAGCUUGACUGGAAAGAGACUUCGACUAAAGAUGGAGAACAGGGCUUCGAUGCAUGA